CGCAGCUGCAGCGAGCCCAUUCCCUAAAGAGCUGAGAUCAGAGCAACAUCUGGAGCUUAUGCGUGUUUUAUAUUUAUAUUUCUAUACGCGCGACUCCUUUUAAAUGCUUUAAUCAUCCACUUUUGUGGAUCCGCACAAGAUUUCGUCUUCUGGAACUCGUUAUUUAAUGCAAUCGGUUUAAUUUAGGACUUUUUUUUUAACGUAUGUUUGGAGAGACUGAAUUGAUUACUGAAUCUUCAGAAAAAACAGAUAUGUUGUGCGUUCAGGACUCGGGUGGGUGUCUCAGCGAGCACAUGCGCUGUAUGAUGCGCUCCCUGCAGGACCUGAAGCAGCUAAACCGGACCUGCAUGAUGCCACCCUCCUCCGGCCCCUGCAAGAUGCUGAUUGGUCGGCGUGAGCGGCGAGCACGGCGAAUCAGCGAAUCACGAAUCAGCGACGCCAGCGACUCCAGCAGCGCCGACUCCGCCUUUCCACUCUCCUGUCCCCUGGAGGACGAAGAGAGCAGCGCGGCCAGCAGCCUCGAAUUUGACUCUGGAUACUCGGAGGCUUCGUGGCCUGACGAGGGACCUGUGGUGCUGCGCCGAUUCAGGAAAGUACGCGCCGCGUCAGCCGAUCUCCUUCUAGAACCGAGCCCCCGUCCCAGAACGCGACCCAAAUCCACGUCGGACGCCUGCUUGGAAAAGUGGACGUCGUUUGAGGUACCUAGCGAGCCGGAAGACUGGACUGCAGCCCUGCUGACGCAAGGGCGCAACCGGCAUCCGCUUGUUCUUGGGGAUAACAGCUUUGCCGACCUCAUUCAGAACUGGAUGGAUUUGCCCGAGUGCCCAUCGGAACCGACAGAACCGAGGCCUAGCGCAAGCAAACGGCUAGCCAAGGACUUUCUGGUCAAUGUGAAGCGGAGGAUAGCGAGGAUUUCUCAGAACGUAGACGGACAGAAGAAGCUGGUCUCGGACUCGUCUCGGUCAAACAGAGCCGCCACGGCAACCAAGCGUCUCUCGUGUCCCGUCGACGUUCCGCGGAAAGUUCCGUUUUUCCACAAAUCCCACAUGGACCUCCAGGAACUCGAUACGGACUUUUACCGCUUCACGGCGCUCAUGAAGACAGGCAGCCGGCAGCCAAUCAUCUGUAACGACAUCAUCGGGUACAUAUGAGUCGCCGAGCCGACCCUUCUGACUGAACGGACUCUGAUUUAUACGGACACGUCGCUUUUAUACCAAACAACUGUAUUAUCAUUGCCAUGUUGCUAAUGGUCAAGCUAAUAAUAAUGCUCAAUCUAUAAUAAUAAUGAUAAUAAUAAUAACAAUAAUAAUAAAAAUUUUGGAAAUUUUAACUCCCAGUGCUUAUUUC